UUGCACACAAAAUAUCUUACCUCUAACUUUUUCGGUACUACUCCUUAAUAAAAUCAAUGUUUUCCUUUUACUAUAAUUACAACCUUUCCUUUUUCUCUUUAUUACUUAAUUUUUGUGUUGACCAAAAUUUUCCUUUUUUUUAUUGCAAAUUCACCUCCCCAUUGCCUUACUUAUCAUAUGAGAUUCUUCCACAAUACAAUUAACCCAAAGAUUUAGUUGAGUUUCCACCAGUAUAUUUAUUGAUUCUUGUUAACAUUUUUUCCUAAUCUUUGAGAUAUGGAUGAUCUUCAAUGGAAUAUUGUUCCAAGUUAACACACCACUAUGAUUGCUCCAACACAUGUCUUCUCUCUGCACAGUCCUCUUUUCUUUACCCUUUUAGCAGUUUCAUCCCUCUUCCCCAUAGGGCCAUAAUAUAAUACCACUGGUUCUCUCUUCUCCCAAUUGUCACCUUUAUCACAGCUUUCAAAGGUCCAACCCAACCAAAGGUUCCUUCCCAUAUAUUAACCCUUUGCUGUCCUUUAGAUUAUUUCCUUUCCUUAAAUCAACAAAACUCCAUAGGUUCUCCCAAAGAACAGUAUCCCAUUGUCUCUCUUGAGCCUUGUCUCUUGCCAUCUUCUUGGUUUUAUAUAUGCGAACCAACUUCACAACUUUCCCCUCCAUUUCUCCCCACUCUCUGCAGAGAAAAGCCUGCUGUGAAUGCCAGAGUAAGAGUUCACCUUCCUUUGUAUUUUCCCUUCAAUUCCCAACUGGGUUGCCUGUUAUUGAGGUUAAAGUUUCGAUCUUUAGCUAGUUUCAUUGCCUCAUUUCUUGGUCUGUGAUCUGUGGUUGAGACUGCAUAUUAGUUCAAUGGUUUCUUUUUAGCCUCCCCAGUUCAUUCAUAGAGCUAAAGUUUCCAUCUUUAACUAGUUUCGUUGUCUGUUUCUCUCUCAGGUUCUGAAUCUGCAUGUUCUGUUAAACACCAAGCUAUAGUAACAUUUGCAUAUUGAUCUCUCUGCCUUCCUAGAGAAAAAAAACUAUGCCUCCAACGUACUUACCCUUGAGAUGGGAAAGCACAGGAGACCAAUGGUGGUAUGCUGCCCCAAUAGAUUGGGCAGCAGCCAAUGGCCACUAUGACUUAGUCAGACAGCUCCUCAAAAUCGACAACAACCACCUCAUCAACCUCACAUCCUUGAGACGAAUUCGUCGCCUCGAGACAGUGUGGGACGAUGAGCAAUCCUCAUCCUCGUCGUCCCUUGACGUGGCCAAGUGCCGGUCCCAUGUAGCAAGGAAGCUCUUCCUGGAGUGUGAAUCGAGCAAGAGUAGUGGUGGGAAGAGCAACUCACUUGUGGCAUCUGGAUAUGGUGGAUGGCUCAUGUACACGGCUGCCUCAGCUGGGGUCUUGAACUUUGUUCAAGAGCUCCUCCACAAAAACCCCUUGCUUGUGAGCAAGAACAGUGAGGUUUUCAGGCUGGUUUAUGACUUUGCUGUCUCUCCAAGGUUCUUGGCAGCAAAAGGUGGGGGUUUGGAGGAGCAUUUAGGGGAUAUUCCUCUCAUGUACAAGUGGGAAAUGUUGAAUAGAGCUGUUCACGCUGCUGCUAGAGGUGGGAAUGUUUCCCUUUUGAAGGAUCUUCUUACUAAUUGUAGUGAUGAGAUCUUGAGUUAUAGAGAUAAGCAAGGAUCCACCAUCUUACAUGCUGCGGCAGCCAAAGGCCAAGUUGAGGUGAUUAAGUAUCUUAUCUCAACCUUUGAGAUGAUCAACUCAACAGAUAAUCAAGGCAACACAGCAUUACAUAUUGCAGCUUACCGCGGCCAGCUACACGUAUUCCAGGCUCUAGUCGAAGCAUCUCCUUCGAUGCUUGCAUCUACUAACAAUGCUGGUGAGACUUUCCUCCACAUGGCAGUCUCAGGCUUCCAAAACCCUGCAUUCAGAAGGCUGGACAAGCAGAUCGAGCUCAUGAAGGAGUUGAUUCGUGGGGGAAGUUUCCACAUCGAAGAAGUGAUCAACGCCAAGAACAGUGAUGGAAGAACAGCACUCCACACUGCAAUCCUUGCCAAUAUGCAUUCUGAUCUCGUCCAGCUCCUGAUGGCUGUCGAAUCAAUCGAAGUGAAUGCUCGAGAUGCAGAUGGAAUGACUGUGCUUGAUUUGCUAAAGCAGCGCCCUCGUUCUGCUUCUUCUGAUGUCCUGAUUAGGAAGCUGAUCUCGGCUGGUGGGAUUUUCAGUUGCUAUGAUUACACGGCAAGGAGAGCCAUUGCUUCACGGCUUAAGCUGCAAUCCGGGCUAGGAAGUCCAGGGACUUCCUUUAGGCUCUCUGAUACAGAAGUGUUUCUCUAUACCGGAGUUGAAGUUCGAGCAAGUGGUGGACAAGGCAAUGGAGGAAUGAGUUCAUCUUCCUUGGAACUGAAUCAGGUGGAUUAUACAACAGUAAAGAAAGAAGAAGGUGAGAUUCCGAGCCAUGCUGCUCAAGGGCUGAAAAGGGUACUCCAAUGGACAAGGAAAAAGCAUAGGAAGCCUGCUGAAGGACACAACAGAAAUUGCUCAGUAGCUUCAUCAUCAAGGAGAUGCAGUACAGUAACAGCAGCUAGUACUACUGCUUCAGAUGAAACCCAAGCAGAAGCCCCACUUCGCCAUCGAUUCUCUACCAAGCCACCAUCAACGCCACCACUUACAGCAAGCAACAAGAGGACACUGGCAGUAAGGAGCAACCAAUCAAGUCCAACAGCCAAGAAGAAGCUUGCUUCCGGGGCAUUAGUCCAUGGAGUCGUUCAGGCAUUGCCACAUAUUGCAGUUCCUGGAGCGAGAUCGCGGUCUAGUUCGUUCUCCAAAUCGUCCCUCUCUUCUCCAUGCUCAAAGGGUGUGUUUGGUGAAGCCGAGGGAUUGGAUGUAGGGUCGCCGAGCUUGAAACACAACCACCAUCAGCAUCAUCGGAGGUCGAGGAGUCAGUACUUUUGCUUUGGAGGGUCAGGGGUUUCAGUGAAGAGUCCAGUUAGUAGUAGCAGGCACAGGAGGCAGCAGAGUGCUAGCUAUACUCCACCUGCUGUGUCAGUUGCUUAGCAAAAAAAAAAAAAAAGGUGCAAGCUUUAGAGGAAAUGGCAGCUAAAACUGACUGUUAGACUCUAGCAAAGUUCAUAAUAAGGACUAAUGAGGAGUUCCCUAAUUAGUAGAAUGUCUUCUUAGUAUCUCAUAUGUUUAAGUUCAAUGUAAUUUGUACCUGUGUUUGAAGAUAGAGAAAUGGAAACAGCUUGUUUUCUUAACUCUGGCUGAUCAAUGAGGUCUCAAAACUUAAGGCAACAGUGGAAUUGGAUUCAUUCAGAUUUGGGCUUCUGGGCCUAUUGAUUGAGCCUAUUCAUUUAACGGAAAUUUGUCGAAUGCUACCAUGGGCUAUAUUUGGGCUAUUCGUGUUGAUUGGGGAGGCUAGUCUGUGGCUCAUCAGAAACCGGUGAAAGAACCGGGGCCCAUUUAGGUUUAAAGUAAAACGUUAUCGAUAUUACUGCUUGUUGGGCCUGCCCUGCGCUGACUACCCCAGAUUCAAACAUGAAGCAGAUCUCCUUAGAAAAAAAAUCCCCUAUAACUAUAACAUUCGGAGCAACAGUUGCAGAAAUGUGUCACAUAGCAAUAGGGUGUUGAAAUGGUUACUAUGGUUAUAACCAAACCAAAUAAGGCUAAAUUUCAUUAACCAUGGAAUACAAUAUCAUAACCAAACCGUCCAAAUUAAUACAACAACCAAAUUAACCAAACUAAAGUUUAAUCGGUUUGGUUAAUUGGUUAACCAGAUUAACCAAUAUAAAAUCACAUUAUCAUUGAUGAUGAAAAUUUUCCGGUUAAUGUAACAAUUUGCAAUUUAUAUAAUGAAUAAAACAUAACAAUCAACAUGUAGUUAUAGUUGACCCUUAACUAAAAUACAUGCAACUAAGACAAUUAUCUUACGAUUAGUAUAGAAGUAUUCACCUAACAAAAAUUUAUGACAAUUGUAUGAGUUAAUGAAUUGUUGUGUUUGUGUAAAUUGACUUAGUCUCUUAGCAAUUAUCAUAGGCUGGAAAUGACCUUCAUUUCAAGUUUUCAUCCAUCAUAAUGUAUGAAAUUUAUCUAAAUUAGGCUUUCAUAUGUUGUGGUCCACACUUUACAUAUACAAAUAUACACUAUAUGAGCAAUAUUGAGCUUUAUAUUUUAUGAGUCUAAAAGAGAUGAACGUUAACUCUUGACUGGUUAUGCAAAGUAUAUAGUAUGUGUAUAUAAUAUAUGUUAGAUAUAUGACUAAUUAAUUAACUCGUUAAUUUGGUUUGACUGGUUAGGAGUGUCUGAAACCAAACCAAACCACAUAAAUCAAACAAGCUAAAAACUUUAACCAAACCAAACCAAUUAUCCAAAUUAACCAAAUCAAAUUAUCCAAAUAAUACCGGUUAAAACGGUUACCACGGUAACCAAACCAAACCACCUAAACCAAACAAGCUAAAAACUUUAACCAAACCAAACCAAUUAUCCAAAUUAACCAAACCAAAUUAUCCAAAUAAUACCGGUUAAAACGGUUACCACAGUAACCAAACCGUUUGAACACCCCCUACAUAGUAGGCAAUACUAUUAUCAAUUACGAUUCACAAAAACGCGCAAAUACUCUGAAAAUGCAUCCAAUCGAUAACAAAUCUCUCCCAUGAGAGCUCUUUGAGCAUCCCUAAUCUUACGAUCGUUGCAUUUUGCCUUCCAAUUUGGGCAUUGUAUAUAUAGAAGACGUCCUGGAAAUUUUGGAGCCAUUUAUUUAUAAAUCCAAAAAGUACAAUGUAACAGGGUGUUUUUUUUCUUCUUCAAGAAACCAGCAUAAAUUCAGAAACCGUGUCCUUCAUUUUUUCCUUCUGUAUACAAUUUGUUCCUGUCGAAUUUAAGGAAUCAAAAUAUUCUCCCUUAUCCGCUAUGAUCACAAGAAUCAAUUCAUAUGCAGAUU